UUAAUGGCUACCUUGGCUAUAUAAUUUGCUCUAAUUUUCCUAGCAGCAGUUGCAAAAAGUGCUACACGCCAGGCCACAAUCUUAUCUGUGUACUGGUAUAAUUCUCCCCAUAUUAAAUUGGAGACUGAGAUUGGAGGUCAGUUUGAAAUCUAAUGUGGGUUGCUCUUGUUGGUGCCUCAACUGUCUUUUUGAGAAAGCAGGCGUAUGCUCCAGAACUAGCUGUUUAGGCCAUCCAGUACAUUUUGCUGCCUGCAGCAGACGACAUGAUGGUGCUGUCCCCAUGUACAAAAGUAGGCUGGUUUUCUGAACACUCAUCUUUAAAACCAUUCACAUAUCCAGUGCCUGAGACAAGGUUUUUUCAUGCAGGAGCAAAUGUCUACAAAUUUAAGAUCAAAUAUGGCAACUCUAUGAGUGUUAAUAUUGAUUUUCAUGAAAGUAUUGUCAAUGAAGAACUACAGGAUGCUAUUCGAGUAAUACUUGGAAACCUUAAUGAUCUAUGCCCAUUUACUACUGAACACUUGAUAAUAUUUCCAUAUUUAAACCAAUGGGAAAAGGUGUCAGACUUGAGAUUCAUGCGUGGUGAUACAUUUCUUGCUCCUUAUCCUUACGUCUGCACUGUCUAUGUAGAAUUAAAUCUCUUGAAGCGUGGUGCAUUGUGGGGUAAAGCAGGAUGUAGAGAGGCCUGUAACUCUGACAACAGUGGAAGUGACCAAAGAGAUAAAGUGGACACAGAAAGAACCAUUAAGUGGAGGAGACUUGAAGACACAGUAGAAAUUUCACAUCCACGGAUAUCCAGGGGCAGAAAUGUGACAAAAAAUACAACCUGUAUUCAUGACACAGCCAAGCUAGAAGUUGGCUUUAAAAAUGAGAGACUUCAGGAAGACACAGUUCAUCCAACUCUGAAUCAGCCAGAAGAAAUUGAGUGUCAAUAUUGUGGCUCUGCCACUGUUAACAAUGAUUAUGAAAAUAAGAGGUUGUGGGAAUCUGUGGCAUAUGUCAGGACAAAAAAUACAGAGAACACCCCGGAGAAAGGACAAGUUGCAACUGUACAAAAGAGAGCAGAGGAAAAUGUGGAGUUAAAAGCUAAAGGCUUUUUAGAGUUAUUGAAAAGCUUUCUGUUUCCACCGAUACUACAGCGAAUUUUUACUGGAAGCAGUCAGCCCUCUUAAAGCAUUAUCACUACCAGAAAGCUGUUGCUGCCUGUAUCUUUUGAAUGACAUGAAUGAUUUCUAAAGAACUCAGCUUUCUAACUUAGUGCAAUUGUUUUAGAAGUUGAGGGUGCUUAAAGCUCUCCUGUAUACCGUACUUGGUGUCUGAACCCUUAUUUCAUCUUUGAGUACUUAUGUUGUUUUUGAAACUUACUCAGACAUGUAUUGCCAGAAUUUAAAUGGUUAAAGUGAGUAUUUGAAUUCAUAGUUCUUUCUUUUCAAGACACUGUAUUUGUGUUUUAAUGGAAUAAACUAUCAUAAUUUGCAGUUA